AGCUGUUCGCCGUUUAACUGUGCAAGACGAGUCGGCCUCGUCGUUAAUCUUUCGCAAGGAAUACUCCCGUGCCUGAAUAAUUAACUAGAAAUUCAUGUUGAAACCAGCAACUGCAGAAUUACACGCUGCGGCUUACAUGCCUGAAAUCUGAGAUAUUGCGUGACACGCGUAAGUGGAUACAAUUUGUAAACAAAUCGAGGAAGUUUUGGGUUAGGUUAGGUCUGGUGGCCAAUAGAAUGCACAGAAUGCAUAAGCGUUUGUAUACGCGUAGCUUAUCAGUCGUCAUGAGUGUUUGUCGCGAGUCGAGGGCGUACGAGAAGAAAUUGAGAUAAUAAAGAUGCACAUGUGGUACUGGUUCGGUGUGGAUCUGGGCGGCUUCCUGUUUUCAGGAUACAACGUUACCACAGUAUGGGGUUUAGUGGCGACUUGUCUGGGCCUAGCCGCCCUCGCAAUACUGUACGAGGCCAUGAAAAUCUCCCAGAUUCAUCUGCAACCGACUGUGAUCAAACAUGUACCUAAGAUGACCUCUGCUUCUUCGGAGAGCUCAUCCCUUUUAUCUAGAGUGACACCAAAAAAUUUUAGAAGUUAUACAAGAUGUGGAAACUGUUUGAGAUGGACACUACAAAUAUUGCACUGGUCCCUUCACACUGCGCUCGGUUAUAUCCUGAUGAUGGCUGUUAUGACGUAUAACGCAUAUAUCACUAUCGCCCUUGUAGUUGGAGCCUGCAUUGGGUACUGCAUAUUUGGCCCUACACUCAUACAAUUAAACAUACAAUAUUUUCAACGCAAACAAGCAAUUAUGGAAUGUGAUAAGAAUUGCGAAGGAAAUUUAGCCACUGGAAGAUGAUCUCGUUGCCUUCGUUCUCCUUCCAUAUUUCAUCCAAUUUCUGACAGAUGAAAGAUAUGUCCCAAGGCGUCAACCAGAUAAUGGAAAGGUGGAAGUUUGGCGAAGUUUUAGAUGGAUACGUAUUAGGAAGGGUAAUGUACAUUCUGAUUGGCGGUAAGUGCUCAACAAGAAAACUGUUGCCGGAAGCCGAAUCGUAAGAACAAUCACUGGUGAGCUUUACUUCCAGUUUUCGAAGUAAUUUUGGAUAUAUGUUGAUCGAGCAUUUCAUACGUUCGCCUUUUACGUAAAAGAAUUCCGUUUCAUCGUAGAUACUGGACAGGGCGACCAGUUCGUCCUCCUGUCGUUGGAUAUUGUUUUUAAUGUCACAAGACAUCGCAACUUGAUAAAUGUGAUCUUUCUAAAAUCUUAAUUAUAAUAAUGUAAUUUAACUAAUUUUCAAAGAGUAUUUAUGUAUACAUGUAUCUAUAGUUACAUUGUUAUUGGAGUUGAUAGAAUGACACAUUCUAUAUUCCUACUGAAUCUGAAAUAUAAAAAGAGAUGUAAUAAAAAA